AUGGCAGCGAUCAUGGCGGGGCGCGGGCAGGGGCUGGAGCAAGAUUUCGAUUUCUUCGUGGUGGUCGACUUCGAGGCGACGUGCGUCCAAGACGCGCGGAUCUUCCCCCAGGAAAUCAUUGAGUUCCCCGCCGUGCUCAUCGACGGCGCCACCGGCCGCAUCGAGUCCCUCUUUCGCAGGUAUGUUCGUCCAAAACAUCACCCUGUGCUGACCCAGUUUUGUAGGGAACUCACCGGCAUCCGGCAGGAGGACGUCGACGGCGGUGUGGAUCUCGGCGAGGCGCUCUGGCUGCACGACGCUUGGUUGAAGGCGGCGACGGCGGGGGUAGGGAACAAGAGACGCGUCUUCUUGGCCGUCGUGACAUGGGGGGACUGGGAUUGCCGGACCAUGCUCGAGUUCGAGUGCCGCUUCAAGGGCAUCGAGAAACCCUCGUACUUCGAUCAGUGGAUCAAUCUGAGAGUCCCCUUCCAGGCGGCGCUCGGUGGCGGAGGGCCGGUCAACCUGCAGGAAGCGAUCCACGCGGCGGGGCUAGACUGGGAGGGCCGCCUGCACUGCAGGCUGUACGACGCGUGUAACACCGCGCGGCUGCUUGCUGAGCUCAUGCGGCGCGGGGUCAAGAUCAACAUCACCGGCUCGCUGGCGCCGCCGCCGCUGAUGCAGAAGCAGCCGGCUCGCACAAGCCUUUGCGGUGGCUCACUGGCGCUGGCGUCCAUGCCACCGCCGAUCCAGCAGCAGCCGCCUUGCACGGGCCCUUUCGGUGGCUCGUUUGCGCUGGUGUCGGCGCCGCCGAUCCAGCAGAAGCAGCAGCCACACAUAAUCAACCCCUGCGGUGGCUCCUCUGCACCGUGCUUCUGGUACUGCGGCAUGGCGAGCAGAGGAGGCAUGGAGCCAGGGCCGAUGCAGUCUGGAUGCGGCAACUGGACGCUGGUCAUGGGUCUACUUCCUGUGGAGCAACUGAAAGGGCAUGAACUCGUAAAUCCUGUGUCGCUCAGCUGCUAG